CGCAACCCACCAAAAUACACAGAGAAACAGCUUUGGUUCAAACCAAAAAAUGGCGGUGCACUUCUCUCUGAUGUUCCUUUUCGGGCUUCUAGGCAACGCAAUCUCGUGCAUGGUGUGCUUGGCCCCGCUGCCGACGUUCUACCAGAUAUGGAAGAAGAAGACCAGCCAAGGCUUCCAGUCAAUCCCUUACGUCAUCGGCCUCUUCAGCGCCAUGCUGUGGCUCUUCUACGCGCUGUUCGCCAAGGACGCCAUGCUCCUCAUCACCAUCAACGUCUUCACCUUCUUCAUGCAGACGUUCUACAUCGCUGUCUACCUCUUCUACGCCACAAGGAACGACAGGAGGACCACGUUGAAGCUGCUCUCCUUCUUCAACGUCGUCGGGUUCGGAGCAAUCUGUAGCUUCACUCUGGCAUUCACCCACGGCGUAGUUCGUGUUCAGGUCCUGGGGUGGAUCUGCAUGGUCUUCUCCCUCUGCGUCUUCGUCGCCCCUCUUGGCAUCGUAAGGAAAGUGAUAAAAACGAAGAGCGUGGAGUUCAUGCCGAUUUCGCUCUCUUUCUUUCUGACUCUGAGCGCAGUCAUGUGGUUUAUGUAUGGCUUCCUCAAGAAAGACCCUUACGUCGCUGUGCCAAACAUUUUGGGAUUCACGUUCGGGAUCCUGCAGAUGAUUUUGUACUUGAUCUACCGGAAAACCACUCCUGAUUCAGCUGCUGCUGCUCUUCCAGUGAAGAAGGAGGCGGAUGCGGCGAAGGUGAUGGUGAUCGACAUGGCAAAGCUAGGGGAGCAGCAGCAGCAGCAGCAGGCUAACCAGAACAACCAGGUGUUCCCAGUUGACGACCCAGCUGCUGCAGUUCCGCGACAAGAGGAGCAGAGGAAGGAACAACUGAACAACAUGAAGAAAGACGUGAGCUUCACCAAUGGCAUUGCGGUGGUGUAAACAAAGACGAAAUUUUGACGACGAUGGACGAGCCCAUUAAUUAAAUUGAAGACAAUUUGAUGACCACAGCCUGCACAAGAAAAUAAUGAUGGAAUUAGAAGAAUGUUAUUGUUAAUCAUUUACAUGUUUGUAUUGGGAGGGUAACUGACCUACGUACUUUAAGUACGAUGCACUUGUUUCCUUUUGGCUUUGCAUUAUUGUAAUAAUAAUGUAAUCUUUUCCCAUAAAAUUUGUGGGGUUUCCUAUGACUCACUUCCUUCAUCUGUUUACUGAAG